GCUGAGGCAGUGAUCAGGCUCUACAGCCCCGGAAGCGUGAGAGUGUGUGAGUGAGAGUGAGAGUGUGAGUGUGUGUGAGUGUGUGAGACUGAGCAUCGCGGCAUCACCAGUGUCUUUAACGGCGCUACAGGUUUCACAGCUGCUCCACUACAGCACUGUUUACACGAUGGACACCAAGAAGGUUCUUAACUUCAGUGCAGGACCAGCGAAACUUCCACAACCAGUUUUGAUCCAAGCCCAGAGGGAACUGCUGGAUUACAAUGGUCUCGGGAUUAGUGUCCUUGAAAUGAGUCACAGGACAUCGGAUUUUUCCAAGAUAAUCAACUCAGCUGAAAGUCUACUUCGUGAACUUCUGAAUAUACCUGAAAACUACAAGGUUUUGUUUCUGCAAGGAGGUGGUACAGGCCAGUUCAGUGCUGUUCCUCUCAAUCUGAUCGGGCUGAAGGAGGACAGAUGUGCUGAUUAUAUUGUAACAGGAACCUGGUCUGCAAAGGCUGCCAAAGAGGCAGAGAAGUACGGCAAAGUGAACGUGGUGCAUCCAAAAGUGGACAGAUACACUGGGAUCCCAGACAGCAGCAGCUGGUCACUGAACCCUUCAGCAUCCUACGUCUACUACUGCUGCAACGAAACCAUCCACGGCGUUGAGUUUAACUUCAUUCCUGACACCAAGGGCGCGAUUCUUGUCAGCGAUAUGUCCUCAAAUUUCCUAUCACGACCAGUAGAUGUAUCGAAGUUCGGGCUGAUAUUCGCAGGCGCGCAGAAGAAUAUCGGAAGUGCAGGAGUCACUAUUGUGAUCGUACGGGAGGAUCUGUUGGGAAAAGCUUUGAAGGAGUGUCCUAUUGUAUUUGAUUACAAAGUGCAAGCUGAAAAUAAUUCCCUUUACAACACCCCACCUUGCUACAGCAUCUACAUUGUGAAGCUGGUUCUGGAGUGGAUCAAGAAGAACGGAGGCACAGACGUUAUGGAUAAACUGAGCAAGCAGAAAUCCUCUCUGAUAUACGACAUCAUCAACAGCUCCAAUGGAUUUUACUCAUGCCCCAUCGGUGUAGAGAGCCGGAGUCGCAUGAACGUCCCAUUCCGCAUUGGGAGCAGCAAGGGAGACGAGGCUCUGGAAAAACAGUUUCUGGAAGACGCUUCCAAACUUGAAAUGAUAUCAUUAAAAGGACACAGAAGUGUUGGUGGCAUACGAGUUUCUUUGUACAAUGCAGUGACUGUGGAAGAGACGCAAGCUCUCGCUGCCUACAUGAAGGAGUUUCUAAAUAAGCAUCAGCCUAAUAAAAUGAAGCAUUAACCUACAAAUCAUAUUUCCAUGUAGCCUUAAUCACUAACCUUUUUUUUUUUUUUUUUUUUUUUUUUUUUUUGUAGUAAUGUGAUAAUAGUGUAUAGAUAUCACUUUCCUUUUUGGCUAGCAUUGUCUUUAUGUAGGGAAUAUAUAUAUUUUUUUCCCUAAUAUAAUUAGAACAGAAUUAAACACUACAUUGUUGUGUCUUAAAUUAAUACUCGAAUAGGUUUUUGAUAGUCACACUCCUCUGGCCAGGAACACGGUAUCUCUUCAUACUGUUUUGCCUAAACAGUAAACUAAUAAUUGUGUUUUUAAAUAAAAAUGUAACCUAAUGCUCAUAUAUGAACCUUGAUCUGUCUGUUUCUAGUAGAUAAACAAGGCAUUUAUAUGUAUAAAUCAGUCUCAAUUAUAUAUGCAAGCAAAAUGGAACAGGAUUUGGGAAUUAAAAUGACUGCUGAUCAUUUCACGAGGCGUUUAUGAACUAUUUAUUAUUCAUUUUGGCCGGAAGUAAGAUAUUCAGUCCAACAGCAUGGUUGUGAGUGUGAUAUUGCUUUUAUACAACAGUUCCAUAAACAAGAAAUUAAUACAGAGUUAUGGACAUUUCCCGGAAAAGCCACAUCUGGAUAGAGCAUGGUGUGUUGCCAUGCCAACAGACUGACUGACAGUGCUGAUUGAUUAUUUCAGACUGCGUUUCAUUGGGCUUUGUGGUGAAUAAAUGUUUAUCGCAGAAGUUACAGGCAAAAGCGUAGAUGAGCUAGCUGAGUAGUAUAGAGCUAGCAACUACACACAACCAAUUACUAGCUAACGUGAACAGCAUUAUUAACUUGUUACAUAUAAAACCUUCUGUGCACAAGGGAAGCCAUAGGAUGUGAGUUUUGUGGUAGAAUUGAUUAGGACAGGUGUAUAAGCAGUCCACCUGUCAACUGCUUUUCAGUGCCUAAUUAUCUGAAUUAGAUUCUACAUGAUUUCAUGCUACAAAACAAACUAUAUACUGUAUCAGCUGCCUAGGGCCCACUCCAUGAGAUAAAUGGGAGGUGCUAGGAAUCUGAGGAUAUGACUCUCCUGGUCUAAGUCUUCCUCGAGAUUGACUUUGUGGGCUCUGGAACCUGGAACUGGGUUGCUGUGACUUAACAGUGUCAUGUAGCUGGUCUGGCAAUGUUGGUUUUGUUAUAAUGAAGCCUAUGCACACAUUUGUCCCCAACUCAUUAUCAUGAAACCAGCCAUGUGGUGCUUAUAGGGCAAAUUAACCCAGUUCCAUGGCCUUUUUGACAGCAGGUCCAAAGAGCAUCACUGGCUCACAGCAGAUUUUGCAGGGAUUAUUUAAACACAUCUGGAAAAGUGGACUGAGUUAACGUCAUGUGUAAACCAUGUUGGCGAAAAGCUGCUUCAUGUAAUGUAUUUUUGGUGUUGAGGAGCUUUUUUCUGACAUCACCAUGAGACCAGGUGCCAUAAUGUGAGUGAGGAGAGUGAAGAUGUCCCCACUGGCCUGUCCCUUGGUGGGAGUGUGUCCUUCAUCUGAACAAUAAAGUACAUGAGUAAAA